AUUAGAUAACGAAAUCCGCCGGAUUAAGGACGAUAUAUCAGUAUGUGUGAUAGGUCUUGCACAAGAACUCAAAAACCUUCCAGACGCAUUAAAAAAGACGGAUAUUUUUAACGAACAUCUACAUUUACCUAUACCAACAAUGUAAUCCAUAUCUCUUCGAUGUUUAAAAAGAGCGAGGACAAGCUGCUAACUACUAACGUCGUUUGCAUUUGUUAUAACAGGCCCCAACGAAAACAGAUAUUGCAGAAUUUACUAUGUGAUUUUUCACUCCAAGUCAUAAAAGAAGACAAAGCAGAAAAUAUUGAUUAUUACACCACACAAAUUGGUAUGCGUACUUCAGGCUAUGUAGCUCGUGAUCUCAAGUCACUCUGCCGAGCUGCAAAACUAAAAUCAAUGAGAGAUGCUGGUAACGGUAACCUUGAGAACGAGCUUUCUAGGCUGUCACUGGAUAGUAGAAAAAGUACGCGAGAUGUCAAGUGGUCGGAUUUUUCUUAUGCUUUAUCAACAAGUCGGCCAUCGCAGCAAUUGGAAGUGGAUAUGGAUUUGCCAAAAAGGGAUUGGGCAGAGCUUGGAGGGUACGAUAAGAUCAAGAAACGAGUAAAGCAUGCAACACUACUUCCGUUGCUUGAGCCACAAACAUUUUCGCAACUGGGUAUAAAACCGCCAUCAGGGCUGUUAUUAUAUGGUCCAUCUGGAUGUGGUAAAACGGCAUUUGUGCAAGCCUUAGCGACGGAAUCGAUGAUGAAUGUCAUGUCUAUCAGAGGCCCAGAAAUAUUCUCAAAAUAUCUUGGUGAAACUGAGAGCAAGAUACGCAAGCUAUUUGCAACAGCAAAGAGGAUAGCGCCUUGCAUAUUAUUUAUCGACGAAAUGGAUGCAAUUAGCGCGCGACGAGGCUGGGAGUCUGGAGAGAGCAGCGGCGGUAUCAAUGAACGAGUUUUAAGCACGCUAUUAAACGAAAUGGAUGGUGUUGAAGGUCGACAAGGUGUUGUUGUGAUUGGAUGCACCAAUCGUCCUGAUUGUAUCGAUGAUGCUAUUUUGCGACCAGGCCGUUUGGAUCAACUCAUCUAUAUGGGAUUGCCCGAUGAAAGUGAUCGUAAAGAAAUCAUCAAAGCCUUGAUGGGACGGAUGGCGAUCAGCCCGGAUAUUGAUAUCGAUUGGUUAAGCAACGUGACUGGAUACUGUACUGGUGCUGAUAUCGAGAGUAUUUUCUGUGAGGCUGGCACUGCUUCUUUGCGUAGAGAUCUUGAUGCAAAAAUGAUUAUCCUGGAAGACUUGGAAGUGCCUCUACGCACAAUUUCGGAGCGAGCGAUCCAUCGCGUUGUCCAUGAAGGUUGUCUAGAAGCGUACGAGCGUUUUAAUAAAGCACACCGCAUUGCAUAAACUAUUAAGUAUAUAUCUGCAACCAUCCUCGUUUGACUAUAAAGCCAGUUUAAUCAUCUGGAAUAAUUAUACAAACAUGCACAACACUAAAUGAAA